GGGUCGUUAUACCGACGGCAACCGUAACCUGAAAUUGGAGUCCCUCGAUUUGGUUUGACUGGUUUGACUCGGUUUUGUGUCCGUGUUCCCAAUAGUCGGAAUACUACGUUAUGGCUGAUAUGGGGCUAAGUUUAGAUGAAAUAAUUAAAAAAUCGAAAUCGUCUGCAAUGAGGGGUAGAGGAGGGAUACGAAGAGGAGUCAAUAGAGGCUCACGGGCAAACGGAUCCGUGAGGGGACGUGGCUCGCACGUAGUUACGGAUGCGCGGUUCAAGAUAAUACAGAAGAACCGUCAGAAAUUGACCGACGCCAGAGACAAGCUCGCAGAAAUAGCAAAGCAGAGUGACGCCAGGCUUAAGCUAGACAAGAUUCGUGCGACUCAGUAUAAGAAGGUAGACACGCAGCAGCUUCCUGGAAUCUCGCGCAAGACUGGCCGAAACGGCAGACUUUCACUAUCGACUAAUAAAGUACCACCCUUGAUGUCACCUGCAUUACCACCGAAUAUGCCAAACAAUUAUAUGCCACCUCCCUCAAGAGUUGUUGGCUAUAGGCCACCACCUAUCUCCGAAGCACACUACUUAGGAGAUAUGAGCAUGGAUUAUAACGACGAUUAUUUAAUGGAUUCCGCUUCACUGAGGAGAACUGUGAGUAAUGAGUACGCGCCGACACCGCCGCCUCCACCUCCCGUGUUUAAUAUUAAUCCGCCAUCUCCUUACACUUGGGUGAAGCCUACGAGCAGCAACGUAGCUAGGAUUCCAGCUCGGAAAUCUGAUAUAGAAAGAGAGCGAGAGAGACAGAGGGAUUAUAAACUUGUUGCACGCUCUGCGAUAGCAAAGUCUGCUUCGCCUUCUUACAAGGAAGAUUGGAGUUUCGGGACAAAAUCGAGAACAAUUUUAGCGGAGGAAGCUACGGAUUCGAAGUAUUACGAUUCCAGAAGUCUUCGGGACGUGGGGAUUAAAUCGCGGCUGGAUUCGUCUCCGAACAAGCCGAGACCAAUGGGCGUUUUGUCGCGGCCAAAAGCAAGCUCCAGUUCGUCGACGCAGUCAACAGGCUACCGAAUUGUCGUGUCCAAUUUGCAAGCGAACGUUACACAAGAAGACAUCAAGGAAUUAUUCGAAGACGUUGGAGAACUACUUGUGUCGAGACUAGUGCGUCCCGGCACGGCUGAAGUGAUCUACAAGACGUUAAAGGAUGCGACUAAAGCAGUCGAGACUUAUCACAACCGGCAAUUAGAUGGCCAUCCGAUGAAAUGCCUUCUUGUUAAUCCACGACCAAAAAAUAAUCCGACUGGACCAGCCGUUCGGUCUCUCACGGAAUCAAGACGCAGCGUCAGCUCGAGUUACGUGCAGCCCAGUUUAGGUGCAGUACAUCGCGCGUUGUUCGAUGACUCUUAAUCGACUCUUAAUGCGUCCCUUUUGAUAUGAGUAAAUAUUAAAAAACGAAGGAAAUGUGUCAAUGUAUAUGUAAUGGCAUUCACGCAGAAUAAUCUUAUAAGAACCUCUACGGAGGGAAAAAUCGGACGAGGAUGUGUGUAUGGAUCGCAUAUCUGUGAAACACGCGCCCACACGCGCGCAAAUCCACUUCCCAAUUGUAUCAAUAAACUUAUAUCACUCAUUAUUAUCUUCAGUAUACACGGUCGAUCAAUGCUAGUUGAUCCACAAGACACCCUUAUUUUUAGAUAAAUAUUGUUUCUUAUAUUUAACAUGCAUUUUUCAAUUGCACUUUUUUUUAUCUAGCGUGUAAUACUCAGAUAUGCAGUAUCUUUUAGAUAUAAAUUAUAUUAAGCACAUUAAAACAUUACUAAAACAAACCUUGACUUUCCUCGUAUCGAAGACGAUAGAAAGAAUUCAGAUGUUAAAAUAUAAAGGCAGACAUUCGCAUAACAAAAUAGCACUCGAAUUGUUUAAAGAUUGAGGUGCUGGUUGCUUGUACAUUUAAUAUGACCGAAUAAAAUGUAUUGAGUUUA